AUGCUCGCCGCGGCCAACUCCAAGAGGCACGCGGAGCUCAUCACCCGGCUCAAGGAGCUGGUGAAAGGGCUGGACGAGGGACGGUUCGUGGCGUCGGCGCCCGCGGACGCGGACGCCGCUGGGGCUGAGAUCUCGGCGGAGGAUGUCGGGGACGCGGAGCUUCCGGCGACCCUCACGGACGAUCAGGUCGAGGAGAUCCUCGCGCCGCUGCGACUCGCCAUGGAAAGCAAGUCCCCGAAGGUGAUCCGCGCCGCCCUCGCCGCGCUGCAGCGCCUCAUCGCGCACGGCAUGCUCAGCGGAGACGCCGACCUUCGCGACGAAGAUGCGGGGGGCGCGGACGCUUCUUCGGCGCCAGCUGCCGUCGCGCUGAUAUGCGCGGGCGCCGAGAUUGUCGACGAGCGGUGCGAGCUCGAGUGCCUCAAGGGUUUGCUCGCCGCGGUCUCGUCGCGGAGUUUCAGGGUGCACGGCAGGGCGCUGCUGAGGGUGGUGAGGACGUGCUACAACGUUCACCUCGGCAGCAAGAGCGAGGUGAACCAAGCCACCGCGAAGGCUUCGCUGACGCAGAUGCUCACCGUGGUGUUUCACAGGCUCGAGACGGACGAUCCCUCCACGCUCCCCCCGCCGAUCGUCGUCGCCGACCUUCUCGGCAAGAACGAUCUCGCGACACAUACCAAGUCCGCUACAAGCGACGACUCGUUCGAAAACCUCGCCGGAUACGUCCAGGGUUUGCUGAACAAGGCCAUAGCGGACACUAACGCCAGCAUCGCGGGCAUCGCCGUCGCGGUGGGCGCGGUGGAACCCGACGACGGGUGCGUCGACGAGACGCGGGGAAAGAACGAGGUGACGAGCAGAGAGUUUGACGAGGAGUCGGAGCCGGCGACGCCAAAGUCGAACGUCUCGGUUCGAAGCGGAAGCGUCACGCCGCGGCACAGCGUCGGGGAGGGAACCGAUCGUUCGCGGGCGGUGUUGAGCGCGAGGAAAACGCUGGAGAACGACGCGUUUCUCGUGUUCCGCGCGCUGUGCAAGCUCGCCAAAAAGGCUGGGGACCUGACGGUGCCAGCGGUGCUCCGGGGGAAGACACUGUCGCUGGAGUUGCUGAAGAUUCUGCUCGCGAACGCGGGUCCGGUGUUCGCGUCGACCAGGCGGUUCGUGGACGCGACGAAGGAGUACGUCUGCGACGCCGUGGUGACCAACGCCGCGCCGGGGGUGCCGGUGGCGUACCAGCUGUCGCUGUCAAUCUUCCUCACGCUUCUCGAGAAAUUUCGCUCGGCGCUCAAGCCCGAGAUUGGCUACUUUUAUCCGCUCCUCAUGCUCAAGCCGCUGGAGGUUGUCAUCGGCGCUCCGUUGGCGCCGUACACCCAGCGGCAGAUCCUGCUGCAGUGCCACCGUAAGCUCUGCGGCGACGCGCAGCUCCUCGUGGACCUCUUCGUCAACUACGACUGCGACCUGGACUCCUCCAACCUCUUCGAGCGGACCGUCAACUCUGUGGUGAGGGUCGCGCAAGGUCUGCCGGGGGUCGCCGAACAGACCGGUCAGGAGCUCGCGCGGGAGAGCAUGCUCGCCGCCGACGCGCUCGGGUGCAUAACCAAGCUCCUGGAGACCCUCGGCGGGUGGGUGGACGAUAAGCUGGGCGUCGGAGCCGCCGCGGAUGCGGCGGCCAAGGCUCGAAAACUCGCAGCUUCGAGAACCGAGGAAGGCGAAGACGACGGAGAGGAGGCGAAUCCGGGGGGGGGGAACGAGAGCGCGGUGGUCGGCAUCGAGCGCGCCAAGGCGAGCAAGGCGGAGUACCAGCGGGCCAUCGCGCUGUUCAACAAGAAACCCAAGAAGGGCGUCGCGCUGAUGCAGAAGAUUGGGCGGCUCGGGGAGACGCCAGAGGAAAUCGCCGCGUUUCUGCGGCACACCCCGGAUCUCGACAAGACGGUCAUAGGCGACUACCUGGGCGAGCGGGACGAGCCGAUGCUGUCGGUGAUGCACGCGUACGUCGACGCGAUGGACUUCACUGACCAGACCCUCGACGAGGGCAUCAGAAAAUUUCUGGAAGGCUUCCGACUACCCGGGGAGUCGCAGAAGAUUGAUCGGCUCAUGGAGAAGUUCGCGGAGAGGUUCUGCAAGCAAAACCCGGGCGAGUACAAAUCGGCGGACACCGCGUACGUGCUCGCCUUCUCGGUGAUCAUGCUCAACACCGACGCACACAACCCGCAGGUGAAGAACAAGAUGACGAAGGAGGGUUUCCUGCGAAACAACCGCGGCAUCGACGACGGCGCGGACUUACCCAAGGAGCACCUCGAAAACCUCUACGAUCGAAUCGUGAACAACGAGAUUCGCAUGAAGGACGAGGACCCGGAGUUGCUCGCGCAAAAGGCGGAGAUGAACGCCAAGGACGGCGCGAGCUCCUUCAACCGCACGAUGAAGGACAUGAGCAACAGGCUCGGCAUGGACGUGCUGUCGCAGAUGAUGUUCGGGGCGACCAAGAGGGAACAGAUGGUCGACGCCAGCGGGUUCAUGGAGGAGGUGCGGGAGCGCGCCAAACGGGAUAACGGUCGGUUUCAGACCGCCACGGACCCCUCGUGCGUCAGGCCCAUGCUAGACGUCGCGUGGCCGGCGAUGCUCGCGGUGUUCUCCAUGUCCUUCGAGGUUUCCGAAGCCCCGGCCACCGUCGACGCGGCGCUCGCCGGUUUCAGCCGCAUGAUCCACCUCACGUGCGUGACGGGCAUGACGGAGACGCGGGACGCGUUCGUGCUCCCGCUCGCUAACCUCACGUCCUUACACUCCCCGGGGGCGCUGAGGGGCAAGAACGUGGUCGCCAUGCGCGAGCUGCUGAAAGUCGGGAUGGAUAACGCCAACACCCUCGGCGGCGCGUGGACGCACUGCCUCAAGGCGGUGUCGCGAUACGACAGGCUGUACAACUACGCCAUGGGCUUCGACGACGUCUCCCUGUUUACCGACGAAAUGUCCAACGGCGACAGGGGCGGCGAGGGGCUGGGCGGCGGCGACGGCGGAGGCAAGAGGGGCGGCGCCAGUCGGCUGUUCCGGAAGAGCGGGAAGGGCUUAGGGUCUGGCGGUCGUUUCGGGUCCCCCGCCUUUGAACCUCCGCCCAAGGAGAUCCUCGAGGCCCUCACCCCCGACGACGCGUCAGUGGUCUUCGGCAGCACCGAUCAGCUCGACUCCGAGGCGGUGAUUGAAUUCGUGCGGGCGCUCUGCGAGGUUGCGAGGGAGGAGCUCGGCGCGAGGUCCCCGCGGGUGUUUUCGCUCGCAAAGCUCGUGGAGAUCGCGGUGAUGAACAUGAGCAUCCGACCGAGGAUCAUAUGGAGCAGGAUGUGGUCCGUGCUCGCGGAUUUCUUCGCCGAGGUUGGAUGCCACUCGAACCUGCGAAUAGCGCAGUACGUCGUGGAUUCUCUGCGGCAGCUCGCGAUGAAAUUUUUGGAGCGGGGAGAGCUGGCGAACUACUCGUUCCAGAACGAGUUUCUCAGGCCGUUCGUCGUGCUGAUGCGGCAGAGCGACGCGCCGGAGAUCAGGGAGCUGAUCAUACGAUGCACGUCGCAGAUGGUGAGCGGGCACGUGGACAACGUCAAGAGCGGCUGGAAGAGCAUGUUCAUGAUCUUCACCGCCGCGGCCAACGACGAGGAGCGCGCCGUCGUGCAACUCGCCUUCGAGACGAUCGAGAGGAUAAUCCGCGAUCAGUUCGAGCACAUCACCGAGACGGACGCGACGACGUUUACCGACUGCGUAAACUGCCUCAUCGCGUUCACCAACUCGCCCACGGCGCCCGAGGAGGUUUGCCUCAACGCGAUUGCUUUUUUGCGGUUCUGCGCGUUGAAGCUCGCGGACGGCAGCCUCGGGAAGUUGGAGCUCGCGCAGCUCGGGGACGACGCCGCCGACGACACCGACGGCGCGUUCAACACCCCGCCGGGAUCGCCCGACCACCGCGACUCGUCCAGGUCCCCGAAGAAGCCGCGAGAACGGGAGAGGGGCGCGACGGACUUCACGGAUGCGGAGCUCGACCUGAGCUACUGGUUCCCGCUCCUGGCGGGCCUGUCCGAGCUCACCUUCGACGCGAGGCGGGACAUACGACGAAGCGCGCUCGAGGUCCUGUUCGACAUACUCAAGUUCCACGGCGACCACUUCUCGCCGGGGUUCUGGGCCAGGGUCUACGAGAGCAUCCUGAUGCCCGUGUUUGACCACGUCCGAGCCGAGGUUUGCGACGCCGACGUCCAAACCGCCUCCCCAUUCGUCCAACAAUCCCCGCACUCACCCCCGUCCGCCGGGAAACCGCCCGCGCAUCCCAGGCACAAACCCCCCCCGUGGGACCGAAACGCCGAGGCGGACGCGUGGCUGUACCAAACCUGCCAGCACUGCCUGGAGCUGGUCGUGGACCUCACCGCGCAGUUCUACCCGGCGGUGACGCAGUCGCCGGACAUCCUGCCCAAGUUUCUGGCGCUGCUGUCCGGGUUGGCGGUGAAGAACCACGAGGCUCUCGCGGCGUGCGGGAUCGGCGCCCUGUCCCGCCUAUUGCUCGGCGCCGGCCACAGGUUCGACGAAAACGCGUGGACCAUCGCCAUCGACGCGCUCGCCGACGCGAUGAACAAGACGGCGCCGGAUGCGAAGGGACUGGUCAAGGAGAACGCGUCGGGCGACAUGGUGCCGUCCGCUUCCAACGGCGUUAAGGUCGAGAUGACGGCGGAGAUGGAGGCUGCCGUCGUCCUCGGCACGCACCCGAGCGCGUGGCUGAGGGCGAGCGGCACGUGCGCGUGCCACGCCUCCACGCAGCGUCUGCUGGUGAGCGCCGCGGCUGAGGCGUACUUUCGGCACGGUCGGCGGAUGAGCGCGGGGAGGUUGGAGACGCUGACGUCAGCGCUGGAACGAUGCGCCGCGCACGCCGCGGACGUCAACGGCGACGGCGAGCUGUGCGGACGGCUGGCGCGGGCGACGGCGGCGGCGGCGAUGGCGGUCGCCGAGCGCCCGUCCCUCCCGGACCCGCCGCUCGUCGCGCUCGAGGUGGAGGCGUCGCAGGCGGCGCUCGCGGUGUUGCUCCACCUGCACACCGCCGGGGAGGAGCCCGGGAGCGCGAGUGGGGGAACGAAGGGCGUAGGGGACGAUGCGUCGCAGAGCGACGCGCAGGCUGCGGCGGCGGCGGCGUCGCGCCACCGCCUCGCCGGUCUCGCGAUGCGAAUCCUCCGCGACUUUGCGCGGCUCGCGUCGGGCGAGGGCGGCGAGGCUCAUGUCGUCGCCCAGGCGAGGGACGAGAUCAACGCGAGGGCGCCGCUCGCGGUGGACGCGUUGAAGGCGUUGGCGAGGUUCUCGGACGACUUGUUUGCGGAGAAGGUUGGGGAGGCGUUUCCGGCGUUGACGGCGCUGGUGAGGUGCGAGCACGCCCCGGCGGAGGUGAGCAGGGUGCUCGGGGAGGUUUUCACCGCGAAGAUCGGUCCGCUCGUGAUCGGUUCGUUGGGUAAGAGUCGACGAAGGGGAUGA